CUGAUAGCUAUUACUCACCAUGUACAAAGCCAAAAUCUUGCAAAAAAUAAAAUUGGUGGCAGAAGCACAUAAGAAUAAAGUCAAGGAUGAGUCCUUCCGUAAGUAACACAUGAGCGCGCUGCCGCAAAUAAGUUAUAGUGUAAACAUCGAGUGCAAGGAUUGCAAAACACGCGGACAUUUCAACAAGGCAUACCAUGAAUGCAAGUUUUACAAAGCAGUUUCUGCGCGUGAUGUUGGAAGUAGCGGCAAGAGACGUAAGCAAUCAACUACAGUCAAGGAAGAAAAGAAGCAAGCAAGGAGAAAGAAGAAGCAAACAACUGGAGAUAUCAAGUGCAUCAGUUGUGACUUAAAGGGUCAUUCUAUUUUUUGUUCCAUCGAAUGGAAAAGUUGCCAAGGGUCAUACAGCCCAACUCGAACAAUUCUGUAAAGUCUUCAACUUCAAAAAGUUAGGCUUCAGAAG